AUGGGCCUUGGAGGAAACCUCAACCUAGGCGGAAGAGUUCAUCCUCCUCCAUACCAUGCACAGGACUCGGCUUUGGCAAACUCACUCCUCUCUCAGCAGCAGAUAAACGGACAAAAUCCACGGUUCUCAUACCCGUAUGCCUCCCAAGAUGAUCUGCAUCUCUUACCUCCACAUGCCCAGCAACAACUUCAGCAACAACAACAGCUACAGCAGCAACAGCAACAACAACAACAGUUCGGUCAGCAAUACGAUGGCUCGAUCCCACUUAUUGACGCUGGGCUGGUGUCUGAUACCGGCUCCAAGUAUGGCUCACCUCCAGAGGAGAUCCGCCUCCCAAUGUCUCCUAUCGGUCGUACAGCUCUAGAUGCUCCACUGCCUGCUUCGUUCGACAGUCAAGGCAUAUCCCACAUGGCUCGCUAUGGCCCAGUCGCGGCAUCGAUGCCAUCCAAGUUCGGACUUGACUUCGCCCACUCCCCAUCUCUCUCUCACCGACCUAACGCCACACCCGACGUGCUCCGCAGCUUGCACGAUACAGCCUUCGGAACAGACAAGAAACCACUUGGGCUCGGCUCUUCACCACCAGUUGUUAGUGCGGAAGAUAACUCCGGCUUCCGUGUCAUGCAUUCUCAGCGUGUACCCCGCCAGCGUAUACUCUCCGCCAGCGUUCCCCGACCCACGGUUCUCGAUGACUGGGAGGACAACUUCACUAUGGAGGAAGACUAUCUCCCCACGAACCUGCACGAUGAUGUACUCACACCUCAAGAACGAAUGCGCCGUCUCUCUCGCACCGAGCACGAAUUAUCAAGCAGCAGCAAGGAUCCAUCCGGCCUUGGAAUAGGUAUAGGCAUCGGGAUCGGAGGAUCGGGCAAAGUAGGCUCUCCGCUGGCAUCCAGCCCAUCUCGGUUUGGUGCCCUGUUCGCCAAACAACGCCAGCGGAAGGAGGAAGAAGCCCAAGCUGCCCUCGCCCAGAACGGACAUGUCGGCUCUCCUCUGCGUGAAUCAGUCAUUGGGUCUCGCUCUUCUGCCAACGCCAUCCGGCCCAUCGGAAGCCUGCCCGGAUCCGGCGACAUCUCUCCCUUCGUUGCCAGCCCUCGUCAGUCUUCCAUGUCUAUGAUUUCUGAACAGUUAAGCAGCACAUCGCUUCACCCUAGCUCCGCCCGAGCUCCGACCAGCAAUCCCCGUCUGGACCGCAAUAUAUCGUCACCCGUGAGCACGAGCCGGAUCGACGAGGAGCAAAGUGACUUGGUCUUCUCAAUGGAAGAGGAGGAAAGCAAUAAGAGAACAAGCGCAAUUUGGGGCGCAAACAAGGGAACCCCUCCUCCUACAGAGGAAGAAAAGAGUGCAAACGCAAAGGCGUCUACGGCCGGUCAGGAUAAAAAGGACGGGAACGGAAAAUCUUACCUAAAAAUGGAGUCUUUGUAUGGAAAUCGAUCAUGA